CCUGCUUUGCGGCAGCUGAUAGGCCAGCUAGUGUGAAGUGACUUGAGUAAUGGCUAGAGGGGACACGAGAUAGCAAACGAGAUUAUAGUUAUUCGCUCAUUUUUAUUUUACCGAUACUGUAAAUUCGGCGGGUAUUUGUCUUAUUGGUUGUUUAGCUCGAGAGCUCGGUUUGGGCUUGCUUCUUUUGUUUACAUCCAUACUGCAUGCAGUGGAAUGGCUGAAGUGCCGCCUGGGCCUAACACACUGCCUGCGUCCUCGGCCGAAAUUAUAUCGCUGCCCGCGGAUGGCUGCUCGUUCCUGGGGAACAAUGAAAAAUUGGACCGCGAUCGAGGAGAUGUUAUAGCUCGGGCGACAGAGGCGCAACAAGCCACUGAGCCCAAAGGGAUAGUAAAAUUGAGCCAGAACAGCGUUUAUCACCACAAUUCGGCUCCUCAGCUACAUUCUUCACCGUCCCAGAUCAACGGCAUCGCCUGCCACCCAGAGCACGACGAGCACCGCGGCCAUAAAAUCGCUCAAAAUCACGUCCAGCACCGAGCUCACAGAGAGCCCGACUGUCAGCUCACUGCUUCUGAAUACGUGGAUUGCAUUGACGAGUGGGGAAACAGGGAAUUCGCGUAUAACAACCGCGACUGCUCGCUACCCAGUAACGGAGUCGACUCCCCUGAUCUCUCGGCCAUAACCGAGCCCGGCUGUUCGGAUCAGCACGAAACAGAUAGGUGUCUAAACGCCGAGCUCGGCAGGACUGUGUGUCGCUCCGAGUGUAUCGAUAAUGUGCAGAAAGCAGCAGAGGACAGAGAGCCAGGCCUGGGGCCGCAGGGAGCUGGAGUUCAGGAGACAGCACUAGAGGAUCAGAUAGCAAAGCUGUCAGUGAGCACAGCGGAUCACAGCCCCAUCACUUAUGUGAGAUACGAGUCCGAGCUGCAGAUGCCGGAUAUAAUACGGCUCAUAACUAAAGACUUGUCCGAGCCUUACUCCAUAUACACCUAUAGGUACUUCAUUCACAACUGGCCCCAGCUCUGCUUUCUGGCAAUGGUGGAGAAAAACUGUGUUGGUGCCAUUGUAUGUAAGUUGGACAUGCAUAAGAAGAUGUUCAGACGAGGAUACAUUGCUAUGCUUGCUGUGGAUUCUAAAUUUCGCAGGAAAGGCAUCGGUACAAACCUUGUUAAAAAGGCCAUCUAUGCCAUGGUGGAAGGGGACUGUGAUGAGGUGGUGCUGGAGACCGAAAUCACCAACAAAUCAGCCCUGAAACUUUAUGAGAACCUGGGCUUUGUCAGGGACAAGCGGCUGUUCAGAUACUAUUUAAAUGGAGUGGAUGCUCUCCGGCUCAAGCUGUGGCUACGCUGAGUUUUCCUGCGAUGUCCCGAACUGUCCCUCAAUUUCUCUGUCCUCCUGUCCCUGUUUCCAAGUGAGUACGGAGAGUUGGUCUCCAGCAAGCAACAAAGGGGAGGCAGCCGCAUGAAAAACAAGCAAAAUGUAAUAGAGUUUUAUGUACCUUUCUCUGUGCGAGAGAAGUUAUUGCAAAAAAUGGGGGUGCUAAUAUUUAAAGCAGUCACUGACUCCGAAGAGGAAAAGUUUCUGGAUUUCGCUGUUGUCCAAAAGCCUGAUUGCAGGUGGUUGUGUGAAUGCAGGACAUUAGCGUCACCUCUAGGAGUUGUGUCGAACUGGAUCAGGCUAAAAGAAAGAAAACAAGGCAUCACCCUCCUAUUCUUUUAUUUUUUAUGAGUAAUUGUAACUGAGGGAUGGAAAAUAAAAUUCUACCGUCAAAAAUUAAACAUGCGAGAAAAAUAGAAGCUACACUAACAAAUCUGAUUUUUCUGUUUUUCCUUUAUUUUUAUUUUAUUUUUUUAAUUAUUUUUUUUUUCCUCAGAAGAGGUUUCAAGGGGAUGCUCUGAUUGUGUUAGAAGCCAAUACAUGGGCUUGUGUGUGUGUGUGUAUAAAGGGGCCUAUUAUUUUAUGUGUGUAUUUUAUUCCCUAUAUUUGAACAGACCAAGCUCUUUUCAUUGUAGGAAUACAGCUGCUUAAGCCAGAUAUGCACUUCUUGGUAAAGGAAGACACCACAUUGCACUCAGAGAUAUUGUCCAUACAUACAAAGCCAUUAAAUUGCUAAAACAGGCAAAUUAAAUGAGUUAUUACCAGAAAUCAGUGUCUGCACCUAAACUGUGCCAGAAUGAUCCAAAUAUUCUGUUAUCCUAAUUUCUUUAGAGCAGCGGGACACACAACUACAUGCCUGCACAGUUUGUUGAUUUUCAGCCACUAAAACUAGUAAUUGCUUGAGUCAGAUGUUCUUGAGAAGAAAUCACCAAACUGUGCACACCACCUGAUUUAAAAUGUGCUGCAUUGUUUUAUGCAUUGUAUUUUUUUUGUUUUUGGCUUGUUUUUAAAAUUUAUUUGUUUGAAAAGAUUUCUUUGUUGCAUCUAAAUCCACAUACAGCACCAGAACCGUAUAAGGAAAAAAUCCAUCCAUCUUUAUAAAAUGACAGGGUGUUUUUAACAGAAAUGUUAAUGAAUCACUGACAAAAAUGUCCUUAAUAUAAAGAAUGAAUUCACACAUUUACAAAUAAAAACCAAUGCACUUUUCUCACAAUGUACCCAACAUAAACAGAUAUCUUCAAAGGGUUGUGCAGUGUAGAAUGAUGCAUAACUUACUGACUGCCAAAGGGGCAACUCGACUGUGCUCGUCAAUAGUUAAUUCCUAAUGAAUGCCUUGUACUCAAAUAUGCCAUAUGUUGGGGAAAGAAAUGUAAUAACUUCCUCAUUCUGUGCGGAUCACCUGUGCUGUCUGGCACUGCUUUAGUUUAACAGCAGGGGUCAGCAUAGAAGAAUAAGCGGCUCAUCAUUCUGUAUUAACAACCACUUACGCGGAGGAGGAUAUGCAACAAUUUACAAUGUUAAGAAGUUGUUUCACAGAGUGUGUGCUAUAUAGUGUGAUAAAUUUUAUAUGGUGUUAGAAUUUAAGACUGAUUAAAAGUAUAGAUGAGUAAAGACCCCACAUUGCAAGGUAGUUCAUUGUUUUUAUUUGUUGUUCCCCCUUAUAAAUACUGAUCUGCGUUCUCUCGCAAUCCUGCCUGAUGUGCUUUGCUGGUUAUUCCUUGAAAACCAUGCAAAUUUUUGGUGGGGAAAAUGUGAUCCUUUUUUUUUUUUGUACAGAGGUGCAGCAGUAUUGUUCAGAGACAUUCUGGAAUUUUUAUUUUUUUUUCUUGCUGAAGAACUGAAUUGUGCAUUUGUAUUUUGUGAACCUAAACUGCAUAAGAAAUGUAAAGCUUAUGCUAAAGUGGAAUUCAUUGCUAUGUUUAUUGGACACAGUGAAAACAGCCAGAUGCUGUGUACCCUCAAAACAAACAGGCUCAGGUGUCCAGUUCUCCUUUUGGUCUCUUCUUCCUUGAGAAGAGUUCUUUUACAAGAGCUCUUUUAGACCCCUUUCUUAUUAAAAACCAUAAUAUCCUUUAGAGGGAGUUUGUUUAUGUAAAGGGUUAGGCUCCUUCAGCAUGUGAAUAGCUGUUGAGAGAUGGAAAUGUGAGCUCUUAUUGUGCAAAUGCCCCCUCUCAUCAUUCACCACUGUUGAACGAUAUGCCUCUGAUUUAAAUAACUCCCAACUCUUUUGGCCUAAUCUGUGUUAGGAAUAAGUCUAAAUCCAAAUCUCUGAACAGAUGCUGAUGACUGUUUGGUGACUUGGGCAGUUCUGUAUCUGUUCAUCUUUGUUCUGCUACUAGGUUAAGCGAUGUGAUGAGGCGCAUACACAAUUCUAAAAGAGCUUAGAAUAGUUGCACUUUCAAUUACAUUGCUACUUAAUUUUCUUUACUAAUGUCUGAGAUCUUUAAUAUAGGUUCUUUAACAAAAACCCAACAGCUUCUGAAGUAACAGCUGGCAGGUCCUAGCUGCAUAUUACACCAUUCUUAUUAGUAAAAGUAGACAUGAUCCUGUGUGGUCUGGUCAUGGCUUGAUCAAGGAAUGAUCAGUGGGGCUGCUUUCUACCAUAAACAUUUUUGUUGUGUGUGAGAUCUGGUUCCUAGUUGCUUCUGUAUUUUUUUUUUUUUUUUUUUUUUUUUUUUUUUAUAAAAAGGAUUCUUGCACCUCACUGAGUCAUGGAGUUGGGAAAUACAGUAUGGUCCACAUGUUUCGUCAUCACAUUCAGCUUCCAUUCACACUCACCUCUGACAACAUUUCUUGCAAAUUUUCUUUGAUUUCAUGUGGACAACAGACUUUGUUUAAAAAGUAUAAAUAAAUUAUUUGAUUUUUUAUUGCAA